AUGUGCCUGUUAAUAAGAUUAGUAAUUAAAAAGCUUGAUAGGAAUUGGCAAGCAUAGUGCCUUUCCCUCCCCUCCAAGCCGGGCUGGCGUGGAGUCUGAGGCAGGGCUGGCAGAGUACCUGAAGGAGUGAAGGCAGGAAAGCUCUGCUGAAACCUCUGCCUGCAAGUAGGCAAUGGAGAAAUCCCGGCCGCUGUGGGACAAUCCCCUGCAGUUUGUUUUUGCCUGCAUUUCCUAUGCUGUGGGGCUGGGAAAUGUGUGGAGGUUUCCAUACUUAUGUCAGAUGUACGGAGGAGGCGGCUUUUUGAUCCCAUAUUUUAUCAUGCUGAUCGCCGAGGGGAUGCCACUGCUCUACCUGGAGCUGGCCGUGGGGCAGCGCAUGCGUCAGGGCAGCAUCGGUGCCUGGAAAAUAAUAAGUCCCUACCUCUGCGGUGUCGGCGUCGCCAGCGUCGUUGUCUCCUUCUUCCUCUCCAUGUAUUACAACGUGAUAAACGCCUGGGCCUUCUGGUACCUCUUCCACUCCUUCCAGGACCCCCUGCCGUGGGCCACCUGCCCCCUGAACAGCAACCACACCGGCUACGAGGAGGAGUGUGAGAAGACGUCGUCCACCCAGUACUUCUGGUACCGGCAGACCCUGAACAUCUCUCCGUCGCUGGAGGUCAGCGGGAGCGUGCAGUGGGAGCAGGCGCUCUGCCUGAUGCUGGCCUGGCUGGUGGUCUACCUCUGCAUCCUCCGCGGCACCGAAUCCACCGGCAAGGUGGUCUAUGUAACAGCAUCUUUGCCAUACUGCGUUCUCAUCAUAUACCUCAUCAGAGGAUUAACACUUCAUGGAGCUGUGAAUGGGCUCGUCUACAUGUUCACACCAAAGCUGGAGCAGCUGUCGAACCCCAAGACGUGGAUCAGUGCUGCCACGCAGAUCUUCUUCUCUCUGGGCCUGGGCUUUGGAAGCCUCAUUGCAUUCGCCAGCUACAAUGACCCCAGCAACAACUGCGAGAGGCACGCCAUCAUCGUCUCGCUGAUCAACAGCGCCACUUCCAUAUUUGCCAGCAUCGUGACUUUCUCCAUCUAUGGCUUCAAGGCGACGUUUAACUACGAAAGCUGUAUAAACAAAGUGAUCCUGCUGCUGAUGAACGCUUUCGACCUGGAGGAAGGUUCUUUAACAGCAGACAACCUCAAUGAGAUGAAAGACUACCUCAUGGCCACCCACCCGCAGGAAUACGCGCAAUUAUUGCCGCAGCUUAAAAACUGCAGUUCUCCCCCUUCUCGCCGGCAGGCUGUCCAGGGGACGGGACUGGCAUUUAUAGUCUAUUCUGAAGCGAUCAAAAACAUGGAGGUGCCCCAGCUGUACUCCGUGCUCUACUUCUUCAUGCUGCUGAUGCUGGGCAUCGGCAGCAUGCUGGGAAACACCGCCGCUAUCCUCACGCCGCUGACCGACAGCAGGGUCAUUGCUGCCCGUUUCCCCAAGGAGGUGAUCUCAGGUGUUGUGUGUUUCAUUAACUGCGUGAUUGGCCUAAUCUUCACCAUGGAGGCUGGAAAUUAUUGGUUUGACAUAUUCAACGACUACGCAGCCACCCUCUCGCUGCUGCUCAUCGUGCUGGUAGAAACCAUUGCUGUGUGUUAUAUCUACGGGUUAAGAAG